AAAAUGCCUAAACUUGGCCAUAGUUUUAACUGUUAGACCUUUCUUGAAAUCCUUCUGAACAAUGCACAUUUCCCGUCUCUCGCUGAUCACGACCCAUCGAGCGCUACUGGCAGCAGACAAAGGGUCAAGGACGCCUUCUGUCCUACAAACUUUUCGCUGCUAUCUCACCCAUACGACUAAAAGCAAUGCAAUACGCAAAUUUCUCUUGGUCAAAACCAACAAGGAUUUAAUCAUGUCCUGUAAGGAUGAGAUUUCCCGUUUGUUCAGAUAACCCUGAAAUCGUACAUGGAACUAAUGAUUUUUCUCGGCAGAGCUCACUUUCGCCACUUUCGCAAGUUAUAUGCACUGCACCCACUUCACUACCGCGCCUCUCUUGCGUCCUCUGUACAAAUUUUGCUUUAUUGUGCGUUGCCGCAAUUAAAGCAAACACUUCUUUUGGGGCAACCGUGGGAGACUCAGCAGCAGCGGCAGAGAUGGUACUGCGGCAAGAAACAUUGCCUCCACCGCUUCUCUGGAAACCGUAUCCUAUGCAACUCGCCUACAACGAUGAACCGCACCACCUCACACUUGUCAGGAACAACAAUAGAAAGGUUUCAAGCUUGCACAAAUUAUUCUGCACUUACAGAAGUUAAUGAUAGCAUUGAUAUAGGCAAUGGAAAAAAAACACUGGCAAAAAAUUUAGGCUUUCUUCUUGAGGAAUCUUCCAUCCUUAAUGACAAAAGAAGCAAGACUCGAAUGGAGCUCAAGAGGUCUCUUGUAUUCCGAAUAAAGAAGAGGGUAAAGGAGCAAUAUUUGAAUGGUAAAUUUCACGAUCUAAUGCUUAGAGUGAUUGCAAAUCCAGAAACCCUUCAGGAUGCUUACGACUGUAUUAGGCUCAAUGCUAAUGUUGAUAUAGCAUCUGAUGAUGACAAUAUAGCUUUUGAACCUCUUGCAGAAGAGCUCUCUAGUGGGAGUUUUGAUAUCAGCACAAACACUUUCUCUAUUUCAACAAGAGGUGUGAGAAAAGAAAUCCUUGUCCUUCCUAAACUGAAGUUGAAGAUUGUUCAAGAAGCCAUGAGAAUAGUUUUGGAAGUUGUUUAUAGGCCCCAUUUUUCUAAGAUAUCUCAUGGUUGUCGAAGCGGAAGGGGGCACCAUUCAGCAUUGAAAUACAUCAGCAAAGAUAUCUCUAAUCCUGAUUGGUGGUUUACAUUACUUGUUAGUAAAAAGCUGGAUACUUAUGUCCUUGAUAAACUUAUCUCCAUAAUGGAGGAUAAGAUUGAAGACCCUCGCUUUUAUGAUAUGAUUCGAGGCAUGUAUGCUUCCCAGGUGCUCAACAUGGAGUUUGGGGGUUAUCCAAAGGGCCAUGGCCUUCCACAAGAGGGAGUGUUGUCUCCUAUACUAAUGAACAUAUACCUUAAUGACUUUGACCAUGAAUUUUACAGACUUUCAAUGAAAUAUGAAGCUCUUAAUUUGGGUUAUCAUCUUGAAGGAGAGCAGUUCAAUUCCAAGCUGCGCAGCUGGUUUAGGAGACAGCUUAAAGGCAAUGAUCUCAAAACGCUGGCAGUGGAAAAUUCUGGUCCAAGAAUUCAUUGUUGUCGCUUUAUGGAUGAGUUAUUUUUUGCAGUUUCGGGAUCCAAAGAUGUUGCUCUUGGUUUCAAGUCUGAGGUUGUGAGUUACUUGCAGGAUACUUUGCAGUUAAAUGUUUCUGUUGAAACAGAAGUAGUUUCUUGUGCAGAACCUCAAACAAUUCGCUUUUUAGGCACUUUGGUUAGAAGACGCAUGAAGGACAGUGCUGCUGUGAGGGCUGUUCACAAGUUGAAAGACAAAGUCAAGAUAUUUGCUUUACAAAAGCAAGAGGCUUGGGAUGUUGGGACAAUUAGAAUUGGGAAGAAAUGGUUGGCUCAUGGUUUGAGGAAGGUCAAAGAGUCAGAAAUCAAGCAUUUAGCUGAUAGCAGCUCAAGAUUGAGUCAAAUUUCCUGCUUUCGCAAAGCUGGAAUGGAAACUGAUCAUUGGUAUAAGCACUUACUUAAAAUAUGGUUACAUGAUAUUAAUGCAAAAACAGUAGAGUGUGAGGAAUUUAUCUUGUCUAAGUAUGUUGCAGAGCCAGCCCUUCCACAAGAAUUGAGGGAUUCCUUCCAUGAAUUUCAAAAGCGUGCAAAAGAAUACAUUAAUGCUGAGACAGCUACGACUCUUGCUCUUUUGCCAAAUUCCAAUGCAUCCUCUGAAAUCAUAACUGAGAUUGUUGCUCCUGUUAAUUCCAUUAAGAAACGUUUGUUACGAUAUGGAUUGACCACAUCUGAAGGGCACUCCUGUGUGAAUCCUAAACUUAUUUUACAAGAUAAGGCUCAGAUUAUUGAUUGGUUUUCAGGUAUUGCUUACCGUUGGAAUAGGUGGUAUGGUGAUUGUGAAAACUUUGCUGAUAUAGAGCUCCUAAUUAAGAAUCAAGUUUGGAAAUCUUGCAUUCGUACCUUAGCUUCAAAAUAUAGGAUUCAUGAAACUGAAGUGGCGAACCGGUUUGAUUUAGAGCUGAGCAGUAUCUUUUCGAUCCAAGAUAUAGAGCAAGAGGUGGAAAAUGAGGCAUCAGACUUUCUAGCUUUUGAAAAUGAUGAAGCAUUAAUGUACGGAAUUUCUUACAGUGGCAUGUGUUUACUAUCAUUAGCAAGAAUGGUGAGUCUAUCACGACCUUGUAAUUGUUUUGUUAUGGGGUGCUCAGCUGCAGCACCAAGUGUUUAUACUCUUCAUGUGAUGGAAAGACAGAAGUGUCCUGGCUGGAAGACAGGCUUUGCUGCUUGUAUACAUCCCAGUUUGAAUGGAAGGCGAAUUGGGUUGUGUAACCAGCAUUUAAAGGAUCUUUAUGUUGGUCGUAUAUCACUUCAAUCUGUUGAUUUCAGUUCAUGGAAAUGAAGGCUUUUCAUUAUUUUGAAACAUGAAAUAAGCAGAAGAUUCUUGUCUGUUAACGAUUCAGAAGGCAGGGAAGCUCUUCUCAAGUCUUUGAUGUGCUAGUUGCAAAAGAACUAUGUAGCUGUGCCAAAUUUCUAAUGCUUAUGCAGGAAAUAUUCUGCUUUCCACUAUGGCAUUUGGGCCAUUUUUUUGCUGAAACCAUGGAAAGCCUUUUGCAAGUCCAUCUUCAGCCUCUACUUGUGGUGGGUGAGGGGGACACACUUGCUUUUGAAGUUUGGUCCAACACUUCUAUUUGAAACUGUGGUUUAGGUCCUCAAACCUAUGAAGGGGCUGGAAAUUUUAGAUAUCCUCUGUAAAUGUUCCUGGACAAUCUCAUCUUGGAUUUCCCAAGAAACUCAAACGCAUACUGUAUUAUUUAUCCAGGAAUUCAAGAUAAGCCUCUCAAAACUCCAAUCCUACAUUAUUUUGCAUGUUCCUCUUUCUUGAAUUUAUAUUAGGAUGCUGUCAUUACUUCUAUAGGUCAUUUCUGAGUUAAGUUUGUUCUCCAUUUAAAUAUUGAAUGCAAUUCAAGCUUACACUGGCUUGUAUGAAACAAUUACUUAAAUAGACCAGAUCUUUAGUGCAAACCAAGAGAAAGAUGAUGGUAUUCUACUGCUUUGUUUCAUUUGAUGUGAUACGUUUUGAACUCACAACUGCUUCUUCGUAAAUUUUGCAAACAUGAAUAUUUUAAGUUAAAAUGUACAAACAUUAAGGCUUCUACUGGCUACAGGGAUAGUAUCAUUGUGCAACUGUUUUGUAUUGUAGACGUAAUAAGUAAAAAUUUAGCUGAGAAUUAAGAAUUGAAUCUUCCACUUGCUUCUUUGCUGAAUCCAGAACGAGUUCUUUUUAUCCCCACAAAAGAAUAAGUGACAAUGGUAAAUAGAUUUAGACUUCUUUCUCUCUUAGUUUUAGUAAUUUAUUUCUUCAAACAGCAUUUAUCUUAUAUAAUAUAUAUAUAUCUAUUCUUUUCUUUUGCAGUUCAAUCAAGCCAAGUACUUCUCCAAUUUCUCCACUUCCUCCUGGCUUCCGAUGUAGAGUGGAACACGCUGAUGUAUCUGGUGAAAAAGCACCUCAGUUAUUAAUGUAAAAGUGAGGAAUUGAAAGUAUAUUAACUAAAAUAUAAAUUUAAUUGUGCUCACCCCAACUGGUUGAAUAUCAAGUAUUCUCUGAUGGCCAUCUGAACCUUUGCCACCGGCUUGUUCUACUAUAAAGCUCAUUGGUGCACACUCAUACAAGAGCCUCAGCUUCCCAUUCUUGCUCUUCUUGUCUCUAGGAUACCCAUAAAUGCCACCAUAUAGCAAUGUCCGGUGGAAGUCACCAACCAAACUACCAAUGUAUCGGGCAGAGUAGGGCUUGCCGCUAGGACCAGGGUCUUUAAGGUCAUCAAUGUACUUCUUCAACUUAUCAUCCCACAGUCGGUAGUUUCCUUCUUUGAAUGCAUAUAUUUUUCCAGCCUUGGGAAUCUGGAUGUUUUCUUGAGUUAAAACAAAUUCACCAUACAUUGGAUCCAAGGUGAAGGCAAAUACGCCGGUGCCAAUUGUGAUGACAAAAAUCACUGAGCUUGAAUACAUGCAAUAGCCAGAAGCAAGUAAGUUGCUUCCUGGUUGGCACACGUUCACAAUACACCUCUGAUCUGCAUUUUCAAGCUGCAAUCUACCAACUUAUCAAACAGUUGGACAUCAGCUAUGAUCCUAUGAUCUUUUUUUUUUUGUUUGAUAACAGUCACAAUGAAAUGUGUUAACGGCCUAUGAAUUUUCUCUUACAGUGUUAUCGUCACCAAUGUCAGCUAGGCACUCAUCAUUUGGGCUAUAUAUUCCAAAGAUGGAUCCAGUGGACACAGCAGCAUCUAUGUUGGAUGAUCCAUCAAGUGGAUCAAAAACCACAAUGUAGUUUCCGGAGUAACUUUCUUCCACUGCCACUGACCUCAUUAGAGACCACAUCAAGCUUUUUCUGGUCCUCUCCUUGAACAUUAACAGCACCCUGAACUCCAGUUAAGUUAGAAAUGCUGGCUCUCUGCACCAAGGCAGCAAUCUGCUUACAUGCCAUUGAAAUGCUAGAAAGCACAAUAAGGCUGUACUCACAGCCAUGCACUUGAUUCCACCAGCACCACCAUGUUUCUUCUUACAGCAAUUGUUGUUGGGGAAUGAGACAAGAGUUCUGGUAUCAAACAAGUAUGAUUGGAAAGGAGGCGCGGGAAAGAGAUUGUGAGCUUGAGAAGAGGAGCUUAAUUUGUUUGAGAGCAGUGUCUAUUCUUUGGGCUGUGGUGGGUUUUCUGAGGUGGUGGGUAACGAUUUUCCUCAGCCUCUGAGGGACCACUUAUCGUCCCUGUGGACUCUAGUGUCUGUUAUGUGAUCAUGAUUCAUUCAAGGGCAAGUGCCAAUUGCUUGGGUGAGCCUAUCAAAUUACACCCUUGUGGCCCAAUGGCUCUUCGAGGGCUGUGAUGCACAGUGCACAUCACAGUUGGGCCAGCUCAAGUGCUCUUUGUUAGAAAGUGGGUAACUUCAGAACCGCAUAUUCGCACCUUAUUUGCGAGGCUAUGAUCUGUAAGGGAAUGGCAGCGCCCUGCAGGCUUUGAAUAACAUGAGAGGGUCACUUUCGAGAAUGAUUCUGUUGAUACCCCAAUCCGACGGUGGACCUUCGAUAUCACGAGCAAUGGCAGUACAAUAAUUUAAUUAGAUAAAUUAUUUUUAAAAUUGGCCUAUAUUAAAAAAAAAAUAUUAUAAUUUCAAUCGUAAUUAAACAUAACAUUUUAAUUUUUUAUAUCUAAUUGGCCAAAAAGUGUAAAUCACUUUCUAAUACGGAAAAAUAGUUUUAUC